CUGUAGCAGGGAGUCCGACAUCAAGACGAGGAAGGAAGAGACUACGGUGCCAGUGUUGGCUUCUUUCCAAGCGUGAGGUGGGAGGAGGAGGAGGAGGAAGGGAAGGGAAGGGGGUGCUUCCUCUUCAGUCUGGGCUGAGCCGCUGAUGUCUCCCAGCCAGCGGCCCCCGCCGACGGUAACGGCGGACCUCGGUAUAAAAAGCCACCGUCUCGGGCAGGGGGGGGGGGAGCCUCCAAAGGUUUUCUCGGCCGCGGCAUGACCCCGAGCGGGAAGCCCGCGGCGCCCGCUUGACAAAACAAUGCCAAGGCUCAUCGUCCCAGCGCACUUCAUCAUGGACCGAGAUGAUAGGAAGCGAAACAAGAACAUCGGAAAGAACUUCAUGUGCCGACUGCAGUGCAUGUUCUCACACUCGUCCAGUUCCGAGAGGCUCACGCUAGAAGAUACCCAACAAUGGUCGCAGUCGUUGGAGCGGCUGCUGGAUUCAAAAUACGGAUUAGCGGCAUUUCGCAACUUUCUGAAAUCCGAAUACAGCGACGAGAACAUCGAGUUUUGGCUCACCUGCGAGGACUACAAGAAGAUCAAGUCUUCCUUCCGAAUGGCGUCCAAAGCCAAGAAAAUCUACGAGCAAUUUGUCAAAGCCGAAUCUCCCAAAGAGAUCAACAUCGACUAUCACACUCGAGAGCAGAUCAAAAGAAGCGUCAAGAGUCCCACCGUCCACUGUUUCGACGACGCUCAGAAAAUGGUUUACGGGCUGAUGGAACGAGACUCGUACCCGCGCUUCCUACGCUCGGACGUUUACAGAAUUCUCCUGGAAAACCUUUCGGCCGACGACGCCACCAAGGGUUGACGGCGAGAGGACGCCGGCGGACGUACGACCCGCGACUGGAAUGCGGGGAUUCCAUUGGGCGGGGAGCCUCGGUCUUGUCCGAGGGACGAGGGUUCCGAAAGCCGGGAAAAGCCUCGCUCAAAGUCCUCAGCGGACCCUCGACUUUGCCCUGGACUUGAUGUUCCCCGUCACAAGGAUUUUUCCACACCGCCCAAUAUGAAAGCAAAACGACCACGGCGCGCCCGCCAGUCCCAAAGAAAAUGAGUCAUCGUUGCUUUUGGUUUAAAAAAAAAAAAAAAAAAAAAAACGCAAGAUCUGAGUGACGGACACUGAUAGAGUGAAUAACGCACUAGCGCACCUCCGCCAUCUUUUUUUUUUCCUUUUCUUGUGUGUGCAAGGUAGGAAUCACACUCAUGUGAUGACGUACGUUUGGCAAAAUGCUUUUGCUCCGUAAAAUGUUUGAAGAGACAAAUCGCACUUUUUUGACAAUUGGGGUUGCGCGAAAUAGGUUGCGCGCUCACAGACGUUAGCAACGUUAGCUUUGAUCCGUCGCCAUGACGGACCGAGAUGACUGAGACAGAGAUUUCGUUUUUCUUUUUCUUUUUUAAUAGCUUGGAUCCUAAAUGCCGACUAGUGGCCAGACUAGAAGUGUACGAUUCCUUUUUUGAAGCACGCAAACGUCAACGCUUGAUUCUAUGUCACACGUUUCAUUGCUCCACUUCAAUCUGCGCACACGCACACAGACUUGAAAGCAUGCCGCUUAUGGAAAAUGUAUAAGGUCAUUUUACGUUCAACGUGCUCUUAUUUAUUUUCAACCCUCACCGUCAUUUAGCGUGUUGCUGUUGUUCAAGUGCCUUUUUUUUUUUUGGUAAGUGUUGGUGAUUAUGAGUCCAAAGCAGAUUGCGUCAUUUCAAUCCAUCCGAAUGAAGUCCAUCAUACAAAAAAAAAAAAAAACUUUUGUUGUUUGUCUGUUGUCAUUGAUUGUUGCCACCGGCGUGCGCGUGCGCGUGUGCGUGAGCUGCGACUUUCCCACGCCCCACAAAUGGUGGCGACACCCUUCUCAUGAGUCGGGAUCGCAAUUAACGCCACAUCAACUGUUGCUAGCAACACUCAACAGGCCAUAUUU